AUGGAGCAUUUAGUCCUGUUGUUAAUAUGGGAUGUAAUAUGUUCUGUUAUCCAAUUUAAUCCAAAAGAUAAAAAUCGUAGUUUCUUUUCUAAAUCUAAUUAACAAAUAGAUUAUUUUUUUUUUGGUUAAAUUCAUAAAGUUACUCCGAUUUGUAUUGAGAGAUGUAAAUUAGCACAUCGUACAGGUUCAGGAUUGAAUAUGAAACUUAAAAUAAAAUAAGAAGAAAUUUUAGAAAAUUAUGAAUAAUUAACUGGCAGAUGGACAUCUCAUCUAGAUAUAAAUAAUUAAAGAUAUUGGGAUAUUAAUGUUCAUAGGUACAAUAAUUAAUUUGUCAUAGACCUUUUAUUUUAGAGCUUGAAUCUAAACCACUACCAUCAGAUUGUCUAUAUAGACUAGAUUUACUAUUAAUGAAGGGAAAAGAAAUACAAAGAGCCUAGGAUAUGAAAGAGAAGAUGGAAGUAGAAUAAAGAAGGGACUAAAAGUUAAGACCAAGAAGGUAAAUCUGAUGUAAUAUAUAAUUUAAAUGAAUACACUGUUAAUUUACUUGUCUCAUCAGAAUAAUAUUUAUUAAAAUACCUAUGGAUUUUGAAAUCAAUGAUUCCAUUCAAGCAGAAAAGAGAAAAUAUCUUCUUCUAACCUUAAAUGGAUAACCAGAUGCUAAUAUCAUUAGGUUUAAGUUUUUUUAAGUAAUUUGAUUUUAUAAACCUUAGAGGUAAAUUUGUAUGGCUGAUAUCAAAACUAAAGCUGAGAAUUAUUAUCAAAUGAAAAUUCAAUGUCUUAGAUUGUUUACUUAAUAAGGCAUAGAGAUAUUUUAAGAAGAUCUUCCAUAUAUAAAAGAGGGGACUCUCUUAUAUAUAUCAGACAGUAUACAUUGUAUCCAAUUUAUUUCUUAGGCAGCGACUUUGAUGCUUAUUCAUAAAUAAGUGUUUAUCAAAUAGUUAAAGUACUUGGAGAGGGUGGAUUUGGGAAGGUGAUGUUAGGUAAACAUAAAGUAACAGGAGAACAGGUAGCAAUAAAACUGAUAGAUUCUGGGAAAUUAUGGAAUGCUGAGGAUAUUGAUUUAGUGUUUAGAGAGGCAGAAGUGAUGAAGAAUCUUAGACAUAAUAAUAUCAUAAAAAUAUUAAACUAUUAUACACUUCCAAAUAUGUAAGUUGUAUUAAUAAUGGAAUUCUUACAAGGAGGGGAUUUGGUUGAAUAUAUUUAAGGUGUAUAAUAAUAUAAUAAAUUUAGAAAAAGGAGGAUUGUCAGAGGAAGAAGCUAGAGUAAUAUUUCGAUAGAUUGCUGAAGCUAUUCGUUAUUGUCAUGAUAAACGUCUUAUUCAUAGAGAUUUGAAAUUAGAAAAUGUGUUAUUGACAUCAAAAGCAGAAAAAAUGAUUAAAAUAAUUGAUUUCGGUAUUGCAACAGUUUCAACAAAUUUUACAAUUGAUAAAGUUGACAGAGGAUCAUUAAGUUACAUGCCUCCAGAAGUAGUAGGUGGUUAAGCUACUGAAAUAAGAUCAUCUAUAGAUAUUUGGGCAUUAGGAGUAAUCCUAUAUGCUCUUGUUUGUGCUAAUUUACCUUUUACUUCCAGAAGUGAUGAGUAAACUAUUGACAAUAUCUUAAAGUGUAAUUAUACAUUCCCUUCUCAUCUUAUUCUAAGCAAAGAAUAUAAGGAAUUAGUAACUAAUAUGUUGAAUCCUGAUCAAUCAGAAAGAUAUUCAGCAUAUUAAAUAUUAAGUCAUCCUUGGAUGUAGAAGGUUUUGACUUAAUCACCUACUAAAAUGCUUAAUCCUCGUACUUUAGCNAAAUACAAAGAGCCUAGGAUAUGA